UAUGCGCAUAACAGGCCGACGACGACAGCAACAACAUGGCGAACAGCGAACCGAAUCUUUGAAAUUUUGUGAAAUGCGAUAGCCGAUGCCAUAUGGAAACUGUGUACUAAUUACUCUGUUUGGAUAAAUAAAGGUUUGGAAGUUCGGAAUUUGCUCAACAAUGUCGGUGACACACGCAAUGCGAGCACCCAUGGUCCAACAGGCGAGGACCCAUGAUUACAUUUAUGAUAAAGUGCACACACUAUCUAGUGAGAAAGAUCAUGCUAGGCAGAUGUUCAAAGCACACACUAACGUGGAUAGGGUUAAAAAAGUACCCAUCUACAAUACCAUGUUCAGUGCAUUACGCCACUACCCACGGUUCCAAAUGCGACUGGAUAAUACAGACCCUGUACCAAGGUUUAUUUCACGGCAAUGGCGUGGCUAUUCAACCCAAGCAAGAGAAGCACUAAUUCGUUAUAAGACAUUCAACUAUGCACCAGAUAUGAAGAUCCCACCAACCCAACCUGUCCAGUAUGCUGUCGGAGGUCAAGAUAGAUACAAGUUCUUCCGCCGCCCUAUCAUUCCUUUCUUACAACAAGUACCCCCAGAAGUUGUGCUUCAUACAUCUAAGCUCGAUCCAUUUGGUCAGCAGGAGCAGGUGAUGAUAGAAAGGUCUCCCACUCCUUUAACAAGGACUGUUGAAAUCCAGACAGAUUACCGUGAGAGUGAGACACAAACUGAUCCUUAUACACCAGAGUAUGUGGUUAGACCAGGAUCACAGCCUGAACUACUCACACUAGCUACUUUGUCAUUUGGUCAUGGUCUUCCAGCGGGUCUUGCUGAAGUAGAGAUGAUAGAACGAGCUAGAGCUAAGCGAGCAUGGGAGGCAACUUUGCCAUCUCUGAAUGAUGUAUCUCAACUAGAGAAAAGGAAAAGAAUGAUGGAUGAGAUGGAACGUAAAGAAUGGGCACUACGAGAAGGAGAAAUUGAAAAACUUCAAGAAGCAAGACUGGAGGUACUUCAUACGAUACUUCGUGAAAGAGAAGAAAAUCAUGCCGAGUUAAACACCAAAAGGCUGGAUAAAUUAUGGACCAAGAAACAAAAAGAACGAGAGAAAAAAGUGAACUGGAUUCGUAAGGAACAUAUUAAAUCAAUUCGCAAGUUGACAUUAAAACGUAGUAAGGUGGAAGGUAAAGUAGAGCGGCGUGAUAUUACUGAGGAGUAUUCCAAGUAUGAUUCUGAAGUGUAUGGACCAAGGACUAGGCAUGGUGUAUUCCUGGAUAAAGGAUCUGAGCAGUAUGUAGUCAAGAGUAGAUACUUGGAAACAUAUCAAGGUUUGCUUGAGUUGGAGCAUUCCUUGCCAGACUUUGUCACCCAGCCUAGAGUGAUUGCUCCCAGACCUAAAUCAGUUGGCAAGACUGGAUUUACCAAGAGAGCACAGCGUAGACAAAAUGAACUUGAUGAAGUAUACAAUGGAAUCAAAGUUGUGAAGAAUAAAGGCAAGGAAGCUGCCAAGCCACUACGCUUCCUUCAGAAGAUUGAGAAGCCAAUACCACGUCCUCCUACGCCUUCUGUGGAGGUGCCAGACCUAGUAGAUGAAGAGAAGGAGUUGGCCAUUAUAUUCCUACAGCAAGUCAUACGAGGUCGGGCCAUUCAGAAUAUGAUGUUUGAAGGUAAGGAGAAGCGUCAGGAGUUGAUUAAUGAGCUCCGAAGCACACAUGCCUUACAAUCAGCAGAACAACAGAUGAAGAAACAAGAGAAACAUGCUACACUUAAUCUGCAGAGACAACGAAGGCUACAUGAUCAUAAGGAAUCGUUCCUGGAUGAAGCUAUGUCUAAGCUGGAGGGUGAGUCUGCUGGUGACAUGUUGGACUUUCUGAGUAAGGAGUUGAUUCGUCUGCAGGAGGAGAGACGUAUUCAUGCUUUUGCCAUGUUAGCUGAAAGACAAAGACGUAUCCGAGAAGCAGAAGAGUCUGGACGUAGACAGGUGGAAGAAAGACGAAGGAGAGAAGAGGAUGAGAUAUUCAAACAGGUUGUCAAGGUACAUCAGAUAUCUGUUGAUACCUAUCUAGAAGAUGUGAUAUUGUCUUCAAUGGAUAAUACAGCUGACAAGCAAGCACGAGAAGAAAUCCAACAGAUGGCACAGCAAAUAAACCAAGUAGCAUAUGACAUUGAGGACAGGAAAACCAAGCUUGAAUCAGAGGAGAUAGUAGCUGAGCUUGUUUCUACAUUCUUGUUACCUGAAGUAUCCAAACUCACAGCUAGAGAAAAAGUUAAGACACAGCAGAGAAAACAUUUAUUGGCUGCACACAACAUUGUACACAAGGAAGCUGAGCAGGUUAUUACAAACUAUCCUACUUCAGCCAAAGUUCAAGAGUCAAAAGCAGAAUCUGCAAGGUCACCUAAACCAGGCCGAACAACACCCAUUAAGACAUCAAGGACAGGUUCUGCAGCUAAAGUAAGCAGACAAAGUAGUCCAACAAUGAGUGGUAAGGCAGGAUCGUCAUCUCCUGUCAAUUCUCGUCAAGCUAGUGAGAUUCAACACAGUUCACCAUUGCCUGAUGCUAGUCCAAGUAAUGCACAGAAGGAGUCCAGUGGAUCUACCACAAGUUCCAGAAGGGCAUCUCCUAAGAUCUCCACACAGUCACCAAUAGCUUCACCAAUAGCUUCACCAAUAGCUUCACCCAUACCACAACAACCAUCAUCUCCAGUUGAACAACAAACAGCUCAGGAAAUGGCCACCUCUAAUGACCAGAUGACAUCACAGAAUCAAGUAGAAGACAAGGUCUCUAAUGAGCAGGUAGCGCCAUCAUUGCAUGAAGAUGCUACCAUCAGUAAUGAAGCACAGCAAGCAACAGCUAUUGUAGAACCAGUAAUUGACAAUACAGCUGAGUUGGGUGCACAUGAAGCUAUCCCUGUGGAGAUGACUACAGAGGGAGGAGUGACUAGUGAGGAGACUACCUUACCUGAUGCUACCCAUGAGGAGACUAUCUUACCUGAUGCUACCCAUGAGGAGACUACCUUACCUGAUGCUACUCAGAGUAGUGCUAUUAUUGUAUCUCCAUCUUCUGAGACUCCAAUGUCUAGCCAAUCUAAGAAGAGUGGCAAACAAACCGCUGACUCAUCCACUCAAGAAGCUGGUAUCAUGGAACCAGACCCUCAACAAAAUGAUGCUGGGGUGUCAGAAAAUAUUGAAUAACACUUUCCCUACUAGUGACUAUGUUUGCGAAUUUAGAUUUACAUUCAUUUUGUUAAAAUGUGAAUUAAAUGUGUUCAUGUUGUAAAAACCAUUUCAACUUGUUUUCAUUAGAAUGAAAAGCUUGUAUGUAAGAUGUUCUUGAUAAAUGGAACUCGGUAUAGGUCUUUAUUAAGAAAACUGUAAUAUUUGAUUUAGUACACCAAUACUAUAAUCCAAACAUAACACUAAGAUUCUUCCUGCCUCUUGUUUGUUCCAUGCACCUUCACCCUGACUUGCUGAAUAGGAUUUCUUGAGACCAGUCUGAAACUUGUGUCCAUGUACUGUGUAUUGAUGGAUUUCACAUGAUAAUUGCUUUAGAGUUGCAUUGCUUAUUAAUUGGGAUGUAAAUAACAACAGUGCACACACUGUUCAGUAGGAUUUUGAGACUUUUAUCCCAUUAUUUUACAUAAUGUACAUAUAUAUA